GUGUCCGAAAUCCGCGCAUUGCGCUCGACCAACGCGUCAACGCGUACGAAAGCGGCUUCGGACAGAGCGGGGACGGCAGAGCCGCAAAGUUAGGUCCUUCCGUCUAUCGCGCAGACUCAAAAUGGCUCCCUCGGCAAAGUUUGUUGUGCGCUCGCAAUGCAAUGGGGCAAUGGAUCGAUAUUCAUGGUUGACGAAGGGCAGCGGCUCAAGCUAAAGAGUUAGGUCGGCCGAGGGCGGUGUUAUAGACCAGGUUGCGCGGCGGGGGUGUCGAAAAGCGACCUGCAACUCACCUGAGGGCCGGCGAAAGGCGCAGAGACAUAGUUUCGUGCUGAAAUGACCCUCCCUCCACGCAGAAUCUUCAGCAAAAGUAGAAAAAAUUAGUUUUAAAAAAGUAGCCAUCAAGGUGUACACAGCCUCUAUGAGUGCUGCCGGUGCUGAGAGUCAGCAGAGCCCUUCCAUGGUGACGAUGAGUGCUGCUACUAGUGGUGAAGCGCAGAUAGUGAUAACCAGCAACUCUCCCAGCAACGAAGGGGCUGGUGGCGCGGACGCAAACUUAGCCCACAUGGUGUCCGAUAACGAGGACAACAACAUGCCGUCGUCCCCUGAUUCGACGUGCUUUGACGACGACGACGAUGACGAUGAUGACUGUGGAACCGAUCUCAUGGCUGUGGCCAUGAACGAUGACGUCACGGCCCAACUUGCUGCUGCAGGGCCUGUCGGUGUUGCGGCAGCAGCAGCCAUAGCAUCAUCUAAAAAACGGAAACGGCCUCACUCAUUUGAGACAAACCCCUCCAUAAGAAAGAGACAGCAAAAUAGGUUGCUGAGGAAAUUAAGGCAAACAAUCGACGAAUUUGCCACAAGAGUCGGCCAGCAAGCUGUUGUGCUGGUGGGAACUCCAGGAAAACCAAACAACAGUUUCAAAGUCUUCGGCGCGAAACCCCUAGAGGAUGUGGUGCGGAAUCUCAGAUCUGUUAUCAUGCAAGAGUUGGAGAGCGCCUUGGCACAGCAGGCGCCUCCGCCACCUCAGGAAGAUCCGUCUUUGUAUGAGCUACCUCCCUUGGUGAUCGAUGGAAUUCCAACACCAGUGGAGAAAAUGACUCAGGCACAACUGCGUGCUUUUAUUCCACUUAUGCUAAAAUAUUCCACAGGUCGUGGUAAACCUGGCUGGGGAAGGGAAUCAACCCGUCCACCAUGGUGGCCAAAGGACUUGCCUUGGGCCAACGUCAGAAUGGACGCCAGAUCAGAAGAAGAGAAACAAAAGAUAUCAUGGACACACGCGCUUCGUCAGAUAGUCAUUAACUGCUAUAAGUUCCACGGUCGGGAUGACCUCUUACCUGCAUUUAACGAAGACGAAGAGUCCAAGCCUUCUGUCCAAGCACUGAAUUCUACUAUAAAAGUACACAAAAUCACGAGUCCCAACCUCACCUCAGCUGGACAGCAGCAAACUCAAGUAGUUCAACAGUUUGCCCCAGCCGUUCUGCAAACAAUCAGCAAUCCAGAUGGCACUGUAUCUAUCAUUCAGGUUGAUCCGAAUAACCCCAUCAUAACUCUGCCUGACGGCACCACCGCACAGGUGCAGGGAGUUGCAACCGGCGAACUCCCAGCAGUUUUCCAAAUACACACUGGCACAGGGCAAGAUGGCGCCACUACAGUUCACGCUGUGCAAGCCCUUUCCGACGUGACCCAUGGUGAAGGCGGCAGUGUGUCAGUCGACCUGAACACAGUUACUGAAGCCACGCUCGGCCAGGACGGCCAGCUUAUUCUCACUGGGGAAGACGGACAUGAAUAUCGGGUCAUGGUGGCAUCCGCAGCCCCUCAGGGCCAAGACGCAUCCGGCACAAUCGAAGGAACUUCAGCUUCUAAUGAUCGUUUAUUGGCAGGUUACCCUGUUUCUGUGUCGGGCAUGAUUACAGUGCCAGUCGGCGCCAAUAUGUACCAAACUGUGGUUGCCAACAUUCAGCAACUGCAAACCCAGUCAGACGGAACCACAGUCCAGGUAGUAACACCGGUAGUGCAAGUUCCAAAGGUGGAGGGUGGAAAUGCGGACGGCAUCGAGACCAUUACGGUCGGACCGGGAGGAAUGGUCGUCGGACAAGAGGGACAAGUGCUGCAGGUGGUAUCUCUGAAGGACGCACAAUCACUGAAGGCGGUCACGCCACCGCCGAUUAAGGAGGAGUCGGAGGUGACCGUGGUGGUCAGUGCGGCCAACUCGAGCGAAAAUUAAUUUCGGUCCGUUUAUGCAUGUAAUUUUUGACCAUCCUUUCUCGUUCGGGGAAAUGGAGUACUCGUAAUUUGGUGUCUCCUUUGUUGAAAUCGCGUUUUUGAAGGUCCAAAUUUAAGGUACUUAAGGCGUUGUUCUGUAAGAAGUCUUUGUUGUAGUUAUUGAGAAAACGACUCUGUUGUGUAUUUGGUGAAAUGAUCAUGCACUGUGGUGUACAAAAAUUUACUGGCGGUUCACACCAGCUCUCCAUUGUAAUUCAUCAUUCUAGACUAACCCUUAUUACAACCUCGGAAGCAGUAGCGUCGACUCGCCUGUAUUUUGUCUCUAGGUGUACCCGUUCGGUACAGAUAUUUUCUCCACUCUUGUAAAUGAGCUUUACCAAAUUUUUUAACCGACGAUUGAAAUCUGAACGAACACUAUUUUAGAGCAUGGAAUCAUUAUUUAUCGAGUGUUGGCGAGAAAAACGCAAGGCGCGAGGUUUUGAUUCAAAUUUAUAGAAAUUCUGUCGUCACAUUGAAAGUGUAUCUCAUUAUGUAUAUGUUUAUCACGCAUAUAAAUGGAAAGUGUCAUUGUUAUAUUUCUGGGCUAAUUUACUUGCAUUACGUAACUGCUUUCAACUAUGCCAUCAUAGAACGGAAAUAUUUACCUCAAAUAAUUAAUUUUUAUGUUGUUUACUAGUCGUUGGUGUGAAUAAUUCACAGAGUUUGAUACUUUUGAUCUAAAUCGCCGAAGCAAGAUUUGAGUUUCUAAUUUUUAAAAGGGAGACAUAGCCACUUUAUUGAUGUUCAUUACGCUAUUAUUGAUUGUCCUGCUGAAAGCAUAUUUUUAAAUUUGUUUCCUAGUUUGUUUUAAUUGAUUGUACAGAGUUGUUAGGUUAAAAUGAUUUAAUGCGUGAGAGCGAACAGUCGGGGGAGGUCCGUUCACUCUCACGCAGUUGCAGCCAAAGCAUUGUCAAAGCCACAGUCCCGAAUUGUGGUAACUGCCGCCGUUUGUUCUUUCUUUUAAAUAUUAUGAAUGCAUCACAUAUUUCAAUACCAUUGCCUUGAUCAUUCAUCAUUGUGUGUAGUGCAGUAUUACCAUGUUUGAAACUGAAACUGAUUAUAAAGAUCAAACUAUAAUUCUGAAUGUGUAGUACCAAAAUAA